ACUUGGUCCCGCCUCGGCCUGGCCACUGCACCAGAAGUAGGAAUCGUUAAUCGUUUCGACGGGAGCGCCAAGGUAUAUAUAACCCCACUCCUCUGAUUGCCUCUGUCUUUGUAGAUCCUGUGAGUCCAAAGGAUGAAAACCAAAACCCGAGCAUGCAAAGCCACGGCUUCCAAAAUUCCUUCCAAAUUAUGUUCAGUGGCUGCCCGAGUCCUGAACAAGCUUCUUGAAGGCAACCAGCCAACUGCAAUAUCAUUGUCAGAAAGGAGUGAAUUGGAUGAAGAUAAUGGAGAUGAUACUAGAAUUCCUGUAGAUGGAUGUGAUGAAGGAAAUGAAGGUGUAGAGAGGCUUAAUCAAUGUCAAGCAGCUAAGAAGCUUGGAAGGAGCAUAAAAAAUGUAGAUCAGCUGACUGCAGGAUCAUUGUUGGAAAGGAGUAAAAUGGCUGAAGAUAAUGAAGAGGAUAGUAGAAUUCCUGUAGUUGGAUGUGAUGAAGUUAAUGAUUCCAUUAAAGGGGUAAAGGGGUCUAAUGAAUGCCAAGCAGAUAAGAGGCUUAAAAAGAGUACAGAAAAUACAGAUAGGCCAAAAGUUAAUCUGUUGGCUGAUGAAUCCAAUCAUCAACAUGAAACUGAACCUGAUAAUGCAGAUAAGCUGCCCAGCCAUGGUAUUUUGGCUGUUGAAAUCAAUGAUGAGAGUGAACAUAAUACUGUCCCAAAUAAUGUGGGUGAGCUCAACUUCACUGAUGAUGAAGCCAAUGAUAAGAGACAAUUUCAUACUCUAGUAAAUGAUGCCAUUAGCCCGAACUGUAGUAUUCUGGUUGAUAAAGCCAAGGAUGAAGGUCAACCUAAUACUGUACCAGAAACAUCAAGGUGCAGUGAUGGAUAUCGUGGUAUAACUCCUAUUUCAACUUUAAGUAAUAAGGUUGAUGUCACUAAGCAGAAACUUUGCCUCUUGAAUUCCCAGGACCUGUUAACUCUAGAUUUUGUGGGAGCAACAGAUGGAACAGAAGAAGGGGUUUGUUUAAAGUGUGCUGAGGGUGGGCAGGUGUUGAUGUGUAGCAGUAAUGACUGUCCAGUAGUGGUUCAUGAAAACUGUUUGGGCUAUCCUGCUAACUUUGACAAUAUAGGCAACUUUUACUGUCCAUUCUGUUUGUACAAACAUGUAACUGUUGAAUUUAAUGAAAUUAAGAAAAAAGUAUAUUUGGCAAAAAAGGCUCUGUGUAGAUUUUUGGGUACAAAUUUGUCAGUGAGGUUAGAUGAGAUUGGGAAGCAAGUGGAUACUUCUAUAACUUGUCAUGCCAAUAAUGCACGUUUUAGAGAAGAAGAGAUAAUUCCAGAGGAAGAUAGACUAAAUACUCUGUUAAACAAAGCAAAUAUGCAUGGAAAUGGCACAGUUGAGAAUGAGGCUGAUGUCUCCAUAGAAGACACAAACUCUGAUGGUGAGACACAUGAUGUCUUAACAGAAAGAAAACAAGACAAGCCAAAGAUGCUCAAAGACAACCAACAUCUAACAGUGGAAGAACAAAUGCCAGCUGAAAGCAAUACUGCAGGUAAGAGAAAUGUAUCCUCAACAACUGUAAAACAUAUGCAGCAAAUGGACCAUAAUCUCAGAAAUUUUGUAGAAGAUCAUCUGCAGAAAGUGACGUCUAUCGCACAGAGUGGUGAAGAUCUACCUUGCAGAGAGGACUUUCCUUUUCUCAGUGAUACGUUUGAUAAGUGCUCAACCAAAAGGAAAAGAAACCACUCCAAUACAUUUGAAGGGUAUAGAUAUAUAAGAGAGGCUGAACAAAAGAGACAUGUAAAAUUUUGUGCUACGUCUGAAAAUAGUAACUCACCCUGUGAAGGCACCAUUUGUGCAGUAAUCAAUGACAAUGAUCAUCUAACAGAGGCAGAGGAACAAAUGCAAGUAAAGGGAAAUAUUGAACAUAAAGGUAGUUCAUCUUUAUCCAAAGGAGAACAUGAACAAAAAGUUGAUUGUCAAACAAAGAGAAAUGUCGAGGAUCAGCUGAAAAAGGAACAAUCUACUGCACACUAUGGUGAUAAUGACCCAAAUAUGGUUGAAGAAGACCAUAUAAGAGAGGAUGAAAGACAGCCAUGUGAAAAAGCCAAUGUGUGGUCCAGAAAUAGGAUCUUGCCCUGCAGAGACACUGAGACUUUACCAAGUGACAGUGACAGAUAUUCGGCACAGAGAAUUAAAAAAGCAAUACUCCAACCACAGAUUUAUGAUCAACCAGAAGAACCUUCUUUGAAAGCAAGUAGUCUUGUGGAUGAAAAUGCAGAAGACCAGAAUAGAAAGGCUAUUGCUUCCAACAAGUCAAUAAAAUACCAAAGGGCAGCUAAUCAUUCCCCCAGCUCUUCAUUUUCUAAUUCAAGACGUAAGAAACUACCUUGGAAGGCUGAAGAGGAAGAAACUCUAAAGAAAGGAGUGCAGAUGUUCUCAACUACAGUGAACAAAAAUAUCCCCUGGAGGAAGAUUUUGGAAUUUGGUGCUAAUGUAUUUGAUGGAACUCGCACCCCAGUUGAUCUGAAGGAUAAAUGGAAAAACAUAAAGAAGGCUAAAGGGAAAGAUGAAGGAAGUUGGGCUUUAAAUGUAUCACCAUUAAAUCAGAUUGCACCCAGCUGCUGCCUAGUUUUAUCUCCUAUAAUAGUAUCUGGUCAAAGUCCAACAUGAAGGGAUAAUUUCUGCAGAUGCUCGAAGACAACAUAAAAGGGCAUCAAGAUGACUAACAAGCUUCAUGCUGAUAAUUUUGUGGUAGAAAGUGGCUGCCUGAACCUAAUUCAAGCAUUGGAAAGGGGAAACUCUCAAAUGGUGAGGGAUGCUUUUUUUUUUUUGUGUGCCAGGACAUCUUGGCGGCUAAAGUAUAAAAACAUUACCUUUUUGUUUUGUAAAUAGAAAUGUAAAUUCAGUGGCUCAUGCCUUUAGCCAAGAAAGGGUUAACUGAGUCUGGAUCCUUUUGUGUUUAGCUGCCCUUGGUGGGUAGACCUUCUUGGAACCAUGGCUCUGUGUCCCUGGGUGGUCUCCUUGUGAGCCAUGACAUCUUGGAGGCUUAAAGUAUAAAAACAUUACAUUUUUUGUUUUGUAAAUAGAAAAGUAAAUUCAGUGGCUCAUGCCCUUUUAGCCAAGAAAGGGUUAACUGAAUCUGAAUGCUUUUGUGUUUAACUGCUCUUCGUGGGUAGAACUUGUGAGCCA